GUGCUGUGAAAGACUUCUCACUGUUCGAGUGAAGUGCGGCGACGGGACGGUGCAAACGAUUAACCGUAAUGCACCUAUGGUGAAACGAUCACUUUAGGUUGUCGGCUCCGAUGAAGUGUCUCGUGCGCGGUUGCACCCGCACGCACCGGGAUGCGGGUGUUUCCUUUCACCGUCUACCUGGCAAGGAUCCAGUGCGAAGUCGCUGGCUGGAAGCCCUUCGACUGCGCGCUGACUCGAAGCUACUACAUCAGCUUGAUCGUGUGUGUUCCGAGCACUUCUCCGCGCAGUCCUUCACGUCGUGGGAGAUUUCGAAGAAUCUGGGGUUCGAGAGAAAGAAGAAACGCCUCGACGAGGGCUCAGUUCCGACCCUUCAACUGGAUCUCGCACCAGCACCAGCGUGCAAAAGGCGCAGACUGGAUGAUCCAGAGACGCCAUCUGAGUGUGGGAAGCACAAUGAAGCAGACAACCUCUGCGAAGACUCUAUUGUGGUGUCGAAAGAGGACGUGGCAGCCAGUAUAAUCGAGGUUGUGCCUGCUGAACAAAAAGCACCUGAAACUCAAGACUGUUCUGAACUUCAGCUCGCUUCUACCGAAGAUCAUGGGUAUUCCAUCAGAACUGCCACGUCUGCCGACCACACCUACAGCAUUGAAGUUCAGUACGAAAACAAAGGCACACAGGUGAACUUGUCCGCCAAGCAGUCGAAGGAGACGCAGACAGACCCAUGGGAGUCUCCAGCUGUUCUUCCGUGUACAAGUGCUGCUCCAGCCAUCAUGAAGGAUCCUGCUCCAGUUGCUAUGUAGCAAGUGCCUGUGCCAGCAGCAGUUGAAAUGCCAGCAUGCGAAGACUUUGCCACAGAGCAGGUUGCCCCAUUGUACCGGCCGACAAGCCAGCCAUUUCUGGAGGCCGAUCUCUCUUUCGAAAGACCAGGCAUGUGCUCGAGCCCUAUUCCAGAAGAACCUGCAGACACUACGUACGAGGCUUCUUGGGACGAGAGCUUCUUGAGUGAACACAGCAGGACUUGGCUCAGCCAGCCUCUCAUCAGCAACGUGCCAGCCUGCAACCUGCUCCUCUCCGGUGCCAUGCUGUUCACCGGCUCCUGCUCUGCAAAGGUGCUCAGGCUGCUAAGGCUCAUCAACAUUCAAGCCUUCUCGGAAAGCACAUACUUCAAUCACCAGGCAGCAUUCCUGCAGCCUGCAAUUGAACGAGUGUUGAACCGAGAGCAGCAGAGCCUUCUCCAAGCGAGACAGGGGAAGACUGUGCGUUUGGCUGGGGACGGGAGGUACGACUCUCCAGGGUACUCGGCCAAAUUCAUGACAUACACCUUCAUGGAGAUGGAGACAAACAAGAUCCUCCACUAUGUCCAAGUGCAGCUU